GCGCUGGGGGUGUGAGAGGGUUGAGUCUUAGGGACAGUGAGCAAAUCGAGUGUUGAAUAAUCCUGGGAGACAGACGCCCGGGUGGAUCUGAGGUGCAGCCUUGGAGGAGAGAUUAGGAACCUCUAUUUUUUUCUUCCUUUUUCUCUCUCAGUAGCACGGAGUCCGAAUUAAUUGGAUUUCAUUCACUGGGGAGAAACAAAACUAUCUGGGCAGCUUCAUUCAGAGAUUCAUUGAUUCCAGAAGCGAGCUACUGCAGCCGGGUGCAGAGCGACCGCCGGCUGCUCCUCUGUCUCGCCUUCCCCAAGCGCUAUCCUCGGCUUGGGAAAGGCGAGGCGGGAUUCAAGCCGGCUCCGAGCGCGACGCGCUCGGCCUAUGCCUGCCCGGAGGGGCGUCUGGUAGGCACCCCACUUCUCCCACAGCUCGACCCCCAUGAUAGAUACGCUCAGACCCGCGCCCUUCGCGUCGGAAAUGGCGAUCAGCAAGACGGUGGCGUGGCUCAACGAGCAGCUGGAGCUGGGCAACGAGCGGCUGCUGCUGAUGGACUGCCGGCCGCAGGAGCUGUACGAGUCGUCGCACAUCGAGUCGGCCAUCAACGUGGCCAUCCCCGGAAUCAUGCUGCGGCGCCUGCAGAAGGGCAACCUGCCGGUGCGCGCGCUCUUCACGCGCGGCGAGGACCGCGACCGCUUCACUCGGCGCUGCGGCACCGACACGGUGGUUCUGUACGACGAGAGCAGCAGCGACUGGAACGAGAACACGGGCGGCGAGUCGGUGCUCGGCUUGCUGCUCAAGAAGCUGAAGGACGAGGGCUGCCGGGCCUUCUACCUGGAAGGUGGCUUCAGUAAGUUCCAAGCCGAGUUCGCCUUGCACUGUGAGACCAAUCUAGAUGGCUCGUGUAGCAGCAGCUCGCCGCCUCUUCCAGUGCUGGGGCUCGGAGGCCUGCGAAUCAGUUCUGACUCUUCCUCAGACAUUGAGUCUGACCUUGACCGAGACCCCAACAGUGCCACAGACUCGGAUGGCAGCCCGCUGUCCAACAGCCAGCCUUCCUUCCCGGUGGAGAUCUUGCCCUUCCUUUACUUAGGCUGUGCCAAGGACUCUACCAACUUGGACGUGUUAGAGGAGUUCGGCAUCAAGUACAUCUUGAAUGUCACCCCCAAUUUGCCCAACCUCUUUGAGAACGCUGGAGAGUUCAAAUACAAGCAAAUCCCCAUCUCGGAUCACUGGAGCCAAAACCUGUCCCAGUUUUUCCCAGAAGCCAUUUCUUUCAUAGAUGAAGCCCGGGGCAAAAAUUGUGGCGUCUUGGUGCACUGCUUGGCUGGCAUUAGCCGCUCAGUUACUGUAACUGUGGCUUACCUUAUGCAGAAGCUCAAUCUGUCCAUGAACGAUGCUUACGACAUUGUCAAGAUGAAGAAAUCCAACAUCUCCCCUAACUUCAACUUCAUGGGCCAGUUGUUAGACUUUGAGAGGACCUUAGGACUCAGCAGCCCCUGUGACAACCGGGUUCCCACACAGCAGCUCUAUUUUACCACACCUCCCAACCAGAAUGUCUACCAAAUGGACUCCUUGCAGUCCACGUGAGAGGGCCACACACCCUCUUUGCUGGGAUGUGUCUCUUCCUUCAGCAGUUUCUCUUGGCAGCAUCAGCUGGGCUGCUUUCUUUGUGUGUGGCCCCAGGCGUCCAAAUGUCAACCAGCUGUCUAUUAGACAAGGUUACCAGGUGUGGAAUUGGUUAUUACAAAGGGAGAGCUUUGCUCCAUUCUCUUCGGAAGAGCAGGACACUGUCUAGAUACAGGGAGUAGGUUUGCUCUGUACCCAUGUGUAUAGCCUACCCAUGCAGGGACUGGAAUUCAAGCACUUCCAGGUUUAUAGGGUAGCACCAAAUGGUAGGGUAGGAGCAUGUGUUCUUUAGGGCCUUCCGUGGCUAUUUCCUUUUGCAUCUGGAACUAACUGUAUAUUGUCUUCAGUGAAGACUGAUUCAACUUCGCAUAUAGAGGAACCAAAGAGAGAUUUCAGCUCUGAAUUUGUGGUAUCAGUUUGGGAAAAGCCCCUGAUACUUCUUUUAAAUAUUGUAAAUAUUUGAUCUUAAAUCACUUGACUGUUUAGAUUGUGUGUGUGUGUUUUUCUUUGACUGGCUUAAAAGAAAUCCAAAGGGAGAAAGCAGUGUGCCACUUUUUAAACAAAGAAAAGAAUUUGCUGUUUUCUAAUCCAAAGGAUGUAUUUGCAGCAUGCUUGAGUAUUGUACGAACUCUGAUGAUAUUUUCAUAGACACUGUUAUCCACUAAGACCUUGUUAUGGUGCAGUCUUUAGUCUUUACUGUAUCUUCCUCAUGAGUUUUUGCUUCUCCUAUAGUUUGACUAUGCCUUACCUUUGUAAAUAUUUUGGCUUGUAUUGUCUCAAAGGGGAUCUCUUGGGAAGAUGCCAAAAUCAUGGGCUCACUCUUUUUCCCCUAAACUUCAACUGUGCUAAACAGUAUAUUACCUCUGUACAAAAUUUUUCAGGGAGUGUCACCUCAAAUGCAAUACAUUAGGUUGAUUUCUUUUCCUUUGAAAGUGUAUAAAACUGGAAGUGUGUGUGAGGAAGGGUAUCCAUUUGAUAGGCAGAAUGCAUCGGAUAUGAAGAGCGGACAGUAAAAUUGUUCCAUUUAUGUUCACAGUGUAAAAUUUUGAGCUGGAAUUUAUUAUAAAAAUGUAAAACCUUAAAUUAUUAAUAAAUAACUAUUUUGGCUA